GUAUUAGAUAAACAUGGCACGGGGAUUCGCAGAUAAACAAGUUUUUAUGCGAUACAUUACACCACGCUUCAUCAUAUCAAACUAGCCUGCAUUCUCCAACAAGCAGACGGAAUGUUAUUCUCUCUGCCAACACAGACUUCCAUUACUGCGCGAGGUCCCGGAUGCGAAACAAGCUCGUGAUGAUACAUGUGUCAAAAUCAAUAGAUCAAUUAGCAUUUGAACAUUCCCCACAGAACCCAUAGAAAACCACUAUACUCUGGACAUGAAAGAGUGAUAUCGGGUGUUUUUUUCAGUUUGUGUUCAUCAGUUCAUUCAGGGCUGAUUGCAAUCUCCCAGUGAGCGGACUGGCUGCCAUUUACUGCCUCUUAAACCAGAAGACACCAAACCGGAAGAGGCGAAAUGAACGCUGGUAAACGGUCCUAGUAGCACUAAGCAACCAUUGGCGAGGCUUGGAGAUUGGGCUGAGCGAUCGCCAAGAUUCGGUAUCUUCACUCGCCUGUGACAUAUUGCACGAAUCGUGCAGUUGGUGAAACAAGAUGGCGGCCCGUUGUUGACAGAAGCAUAACGACGUAAAUACGCAACUGCGCAGGAGUCCUCGCCUGCUGCAUUCGACAGCGAGACGCAAAUAUAUUCGCUUCUGAAAACGAUCUCUCUUCACUGGACCAUCACGUUUUCGAGCCCAACAUUAUGGAACCUUUCAGCGCGGCUUUAGUUGCAGCUGCUGUUCUUUUUGGGUCACUUUCGGGUGUUCACUCCCAGAUAAACAUAACCGUAACAGAAGCCAGCGCGCAAGCUUCGUGGAAGACGGACCUUUCCGUGGAAAAAUACGCAAUUACCGUCAAUCCGUCAAAAGGCGUCAAAGUCUUACCAUCCGUCCUUUACAAGCCUUUCGCUAAGUCCCUUGUUAGUGUUAAGAUCAUAGGUCUCAAGAGUGGGUCACCCUACAACCUCAUGCGGACAGAGUAUGGAGUAAACGGGAAGGUCAUCAAUUCGUUCCAAGUUCCUUUCUAUACUCGACCCAGAGGUGUGGACGCCCACGGAAUAAAUAUCAGCAGAGUCACUGACGUCAGCGCAACAGUUAGUUGGGAUCGACCUUCUGGAAACAUGGAGUAUAGCUGGUACGAAAUCUCCGUCGACGAUGGUGGUAUAGCAAUCCCGGAUUCAAUCAAUGCAAGUCUGAACUUGUAUCAGCGUAGAAGUCUUCUGUUGGGAUUAGUUCCGCGCACGAGUUAUACGGUGACCAUAACGACAAAGGUCACGUCCACAACGCCCACGGCGCCCGCGAAGGCCGCGGUCGCGGCGACAACAGCAAUACUCGGCAAUACUCUACAAUACUCGGCAAUCAUACUCUACGGAGCGCCCGCCACGCGAAAGUUCUCAACAAGCCGUACCGGGACAGUUACAACUGAAGCCACCCCGACUAAGGAGAGUGGAACAGGUGUCGGUGCGGCUGGCGCGGAAUGUUUAUGCUCCAACACGCCAACGAUCCUCUCAAUAGCCUCCUUCACGAUGUCCAUACUCUUGUUGACCUACGUCAUCAUUCUCGCGAUGCUCAGGACAUUCGCUGAUAAACAGCCAUAGGGAAGCAUUUGAAACGCAUGUCAUGGUAGAAGGAUGGGACUCGCACACAUUAAAGGAUCAACCGAGUAAUUAGCGACAUCAUUGCCAAACCUUUGGCCUGAGUCGCCUCAGCACAGGGUUGUGUCGCAGUCAAAAUUGCACUAUUUCCUUUCAUUCCACACUCCGUGCAAAGAACCUCGGCCAUCGUUUGUUUUGUGUUGGAGUUUGGCUCAAACCCAUUCUCCAAGCAGACAUAACAUUCAAACAUUACUGUCUCUGCCAGUAUUAGCAGCCAUGUUGUAUAAGUCACUGUAAAUAAUGCAUUGCAAUCGCGCAGUGUAAUCGAACUGAAAAUGGCCGCGGCCACAGAUACGUACGCACUUCGAAGUGUAUUAUUUGAUUCCAAGUACAACACUAAGUCUCGGUUCCAGAAAUAUUAUUUAUUUGACAAAUAUUACGUUCACAUUCCAUUUCAAUAUACAUUUUAUGACAUACUGUAUAUGGUCAUUUGUGAUCACACUAAAUCAUGGUCAAAAACACAU